GACACUGAAAUAGCCAAUCGCGCCGUCCUUUACACGAACGCAGUGAAGAUGGCGCAGGACAGUACGGUGCCGAGCGAUCUCUACCAGCAUGUCUACUCGUUUCUCGUAGAAAAUAAGUUCACUAAAGCUGCGAAAGAGUUUUUAAGCCAGGCUAAAGUGAAACCUCAAGAUCAAAAUGAGGACAGUCUCCUGGACAUCUUCAGUUUUUGGGUCAAGUCCCCCGAGACCAAAAAACGCAAAGCGGUCACUAAUGGCCCUGCGGCGGUCAAUGGUCCAUCAGCCAAGAAAGCAAAGAAAGAUGCAGAGAGUUCAAGCAGUGAGGACUCCAGCAGUGAAGAUGAAAAGGCGGCACCUGCUAAAAAAACUGUACAAGUAAAGACUCCUGUGACAAAGCAACCUGUAGCAGUUAAAGCAGCAGCUAAAGCAGAGAGCAGCAGCUCUGAGGACUCAAGUGAUUCAGAGGAUGAAGCGAAGACUAAAGCUCCAGUAAAGACACCUGCAGCUGUGAAAGCUGUCGCUAAGCCUGCGGUGGCAGCCAGGAAAAAAGACACCAGCUCCAGCAGCGAGGAAUCUGAUUCGGAUGAAGAACCUGCCAAGACUCCUGCUAAAGGAGCUAAACCUGUGACAGGAACCCCCAAACCAGGGGCAACUCCAGUAUCUGUGUCCAAGAAGAAGCCUGAGAGCAGCAGCAGUGAGGACAGCUCGAGUGAAUCUGAAGAUGAAGCGCCAGCUAAGAAAGUAGUCAAAGCACCUGUCCCAGUGAAGACCCCUCCUGCCAAACCUGCAGCCCCUGCUGAGUCCAGCAGUGAGGAGUCGUCAGAUGAGGAUGAGGCUCCACCUGCCAAGAAACCCAAACCUGGUAAAUUCAGUGCUGUUCCUCCUCCUAAAACACUGACAGCCACUGCUACAGUCAAAACUCCCGCCCAAGCAAAGACUGUGACUCCCAAACCUGCUGCAAAGAAGGAUUCGUCCAGUUCAGACAGCUCUGAUUCAAGCUCAGAAGAAGAGGCAAAGAAGCCAGCGGCCAAAGCCGCACCGGCUAAAGCAGCCCCUGUUAAAAAAGCGCCCACAAAGGUCACCCCUGCUAAGCAAAAGGACUCGUCAAGUUCAGAUUCAAGUUCAGAAGAUGAAGCAGCAAAGCCAGCUGUCAAGGUCACACCCGCAAAAGCCACACCAGCUAAAUCUACACCUGCAAAAGCCACGCCUGCUAAAGUCACCCCAGCUGCAGACUCUUCAUCUAGCUCUGAAGACUCCAGUGACGAAGAAGAGGCCAAGAAACCGGCCGCUAAAGUUGUCCCGGUUAAACCUGCACUGGCCAAAAAACCUCCAGCUAAAGUCACGCCCGCUGCAAAAGAAUCUUCAUCCAGCUCAGAGGAGUCUGAAGAUGAGGAACCAGCCAAAAAAGCUGUCCCUGUUAAAGCUGCAACUCCAAAAAAUGCAGCUGCUAAGAAAGAUGAAUCCUCCAGUUCAGAUUCAGAUAGCUCUGAAGAUGAAGCACCUGCUAAACCAGCAGUCGCUUCUAAACCUUCAGUCGCUCCUAAACCUGCAGCAAAACCUAAAGAAAGCAGCUCCGAUUCUGACAGCUCCUCGGAUGAAGAACCUCAAAAGAAACCUGCCGUCACCACACUAAAAUCUAAACCUGCUGUGACCCCAACUAAACCUGCCUCUGCAGCCAAAGCCACCUCUAAACCUGCUGCUAAACCAGCACAGAGCAGUUCUGACAGUUCAGACAGUUCCUCAGAUGAAGAUGAGAAACCUCAGAAGAAAGCAGUCACCACACCAAAAUCGAAACCUGCUGUGACCCCAGCUAAACCCGCAUCUGCGGCCAAAGCCACAUCUAAACCGGCCGCAAAACCAGCAGAGAGCAGUUCUGAAUCAGAAAGUAGCUCUGAGGAUGAAACUCCGGCCGCUAAGAAGACUAAACUGGCCGUGAGCUCUGCUCCUGUAGCCAAGCCACCUGCACCGGCCAAAAAGCCAGCAGCAGAGUCCAGCAGCAGCGAUUCAGACAGUUCGGAUGAAGAGGAAGUAAAGACGACUUCGACCCCCAAAGCAGCGACGAAACCGGCUAAGUCCGUCUCGACUCCGGCUAGCGCAAAGAAAGCCGAGAGCAGUAGCUCGGCAUCGUCCGAUAGCUCAGACUCUGAAACCGAGGCUAAGAAGACUCCUGCUAAGCCUGCAGUCGCAAACCAAAAGGCAGCGGCAAAAACCCCCACGUCUGCUGCGAAGACCCCGGCCAAAAAACCUGCAGAGUCUUCGUCGUCUUGUGAAAGCAGUUCUGAUGAAGAGGAGCAGCCGGCUAAAACCCCAACGUUGAAAACUCCACCUGCAAAAAAAACACCGGCUGCUACACCCAAAGCAGAGGGCAGCUCAUCAGAGGACUCUUCAUCUGAGGAAGAGGAGACAGCGAAAACUCCCGUCACCUCAACAAAUGGCAAACAGAGCAAAACCGAGGAGAAAAAGACUCCCAAAAAUAAGAAAAUCACCACGUCGACACCUCAGACUUUUCCUAAAGCCAAAGAAAAGGCAAGCAAUGCUCCUUUCCGUAGAAUAAGAGACGAGGAAAUUGAAGUGGAUCCUCGCCUAGCAAACAAUUCUUUUGAUGCAAAGAUGGGAGCCAAUGGCGACUGGGGCCAGAAAGCCAAUGACAUUCUUAAAUUCACCAAGGGCAAAUCUUUCCGCCACGAGAAGACAAAGAAAAAAGCGCGGCAGUUAUAGAGGCGGCGCCAUCUCCACCUCCGUGAACUCCAUCAAAUUCGAUAGCGAAUGAGAUUUAAACUUUAGGACUCCACUUGACUUUUAUCUUUGCAGUAUGAGGACCGUUCUGAUCCGUCUGCUCUCCUACAUCUGAUGAUUUACUCAAUCUG